AUGGCAGCAUUAGCAUUGCUUUGUAUUUUGUAUGUGAAGAGAAAGAGGCGAGCUCAUACCCGCGAGCUUCGUGGUUAUUACAGUAUAUAUCAGAGAAGUGGCAUGGAAGCAGGCUACCCAACGUAUAAGAUAGGAAGUUUGUCCAUAUUCCCCUAUCAAGAACUUCACCAGGCGACAAAUUUCUUUGACGAGGAGAACUUACUUGGAGAUGGAGGGUUUGGCGUGGUAUACCUGGGUAAACUUAACGACGGACGAGCUGUAGCUGUGAAGAGGCUUUAUCAGGAUAGCUGCAGGACAGUUGAGCAAUUUCUCAACGAGGUACAAAUAUUGUCAUCCCUGUCUCAUCCAAACCUUGUUCGUCUCUAUGGCUGUACGAGCCCGCAGAGUCCAAUGCUACUGCUUGUUUACGAGUUUGUGCCAAAUGGGACCUUGUCUGAUCACCUUCAUGGGAGCCGAAGAACCCUCAUAGGCUUGCCUUGGGCAACUCGAUUAAACAUUGCCAUAGAAACUGCUCAGGCCCUAGCGUAUCUCCACAACAUCAAUCCACCCAUAUUGCACAGAGAUGUUAAAUCCAGCAACAUUCUUCUCGACGAACAUUUCAGAGCAAAAGUUGCAGACUUUGGGCUUUCCAGAUUGAUGCCUCUGAAUGUCUCACAUAUCACAACGGCUCCGCAAGGUACGCUUGGGUAUGUUGACCCAGAGUACCAUCAAUGCUUUCAGCUCACUGAGAAGUCUGAUGUGUACAGCUUAGGAGUUGUUUUGAUGGAGAUUAUCUCUGCCAAAGUGGCCGUGGAUACUAUGCGAAAUAGAAAUGAAAUCAGCCUUGCUAACAUGGCCACGGACAAAAUCAGAAGAGGUGUGUUGGAUGAAUUAGUGGAUCCAGAUUUGAAGAUUGGAAGAAAUCACGAGGUGAAGGUCACUGUGGCUGCAGUUGCCGAAUUGGGCUUCGCGUGCCUUGCAAUAGAAAGGGAUUUCAGACCAACCAUGGAAGAAGUGGUUGCCCGUCUCACAGAAAUUAAGGAGAUGUUGCAGGAAAGCACAGAAACUUCCAACUUCAUAAGUGAAUCACCAACAUCAUCAUUAAUUUCACUGCAGGAAAACUGCCCGGCAUAGCUUCAGAUUAGCGUGCAUCUCUGAUUUCGUUUUAGUAAUUCUGUAACUAU